ACCCACGGAAUGUGCUUCUCAUCGCAAAUCAUCCCCGUACUCUUGGUCGUGGCGUUUCUUGUCUCGACAUGUAGUGCGGACUGUAACGAACCGGAUUCACCACUGAUGCAAUGUGAUUCCAUUUCGCGCCAAAAGCGAUUUCUGUCCUUCCCCGUCAGUGGAGGUCUAUUGAAAACGAUUGUCGGUGUGGCCAUUCCGGUCGCGUUCAAUCACAAACUGAAGAGGGGUUUGAACGGAGGCGUGAAUCUUCAGGCCAACUAUCGACUGCUGCAAGAUAUCAUUUGGCCGGUCCCGGAGGACUAUUUUAAGGUUCGCUUGAACAACGACUUCGAGGACAAUAGCCGACCGCAGUUGUAUCGCGUAUUGGAAAAUCUCUUGGACUCGCAAGGAAAAAACGGGCGAAAAUGUAUAAUGAGGACAAUUUGUGAUCUGGCUGAUGCACCGUUGGCGCAUAAUGGAUUGCUUGGGGAACUGAUAGAUUUGGUUUUCACACCAAGCGAAGAAGAUAAACUUGACGAGGAGUACCAUAUGGCUCGGAAGUAUGGAGCGAAUGGAGUAAGUUGCUCUGCAAUGUACAAAGAAUGUCCACAUGGCCAUGGUCUGCUUGAUACACUUAGUUCUAUUGUAACUCCUUUAACAGAAAUUGAUUUUUGAUUGGACUGGUUGAAUAGAAUGAUUCUUCGAGUAAACAAUUGUAUGCCAGAGCUUUUUCUAUACGCAUAACCAAAUGUAUGAAACAUUGACCCGAAUAAACCAAACCGUCGAACAUUAUGAAAUUUAA